AUGGUACGAGAUCAAGCAAAAUUGCAGGAGCUUCGAAGGGUGCUACUAGACUGCGGAGCCAGGAAAGAGCCGAAAUGGAGAGCAAUGUGGGAUCCAACUGAUAGUUUGAAGAGAACUAAGACAAAUGCUUCUGGGGGUUACAUGGCAUCGUCCAACCCCGAUGAAGAUGGAGGCCUUGUACCUCCUCUCGAAGGCAGAGACGCUGCAAAGAGGAAAAAGAGAGAGUUAAAGAUGAAGGCAAAGGAGUUCGAGAUGAGACAUAAGGAGUUGGAGGACAAGAAGAUCAAAGCUGGCCUAAAGAGGGAAGAACUUAUGGUCGGAAGCAUUGCAACAGAAUACUUGGAAAGGUUCAUCUUCGGCGUCGUCGCAAUGUUUGGGGGUGAAUACUUGCAAAGGCCUAAUGCAGCCGAUGUGGAACGUCUACUACGAAUCGGAGAGGCCCCCGACUUCGUAUGA